CUUUUGUCCUAGUUCCCAUUUCGUGCGCUGCUUAACCAGGUGUAGCGCGCUACAUAAUUUCUUGUUCAGUGCAAUACGAAUUUGAUACCGACUUUGUAUACAUUGUGUUCUGAGAUGUGUCGAAUAAACACGAAAAUAAGAGGAUAUACGUGAAAUGUGUGUCAUCACAAAAUGUUUGCUGCAUUUUUUUAAAUGACGAAGUGACGUGAUUUUAAGGUUGGGUUCUUUCCGUUUCUAAACAUCGAAGCCGUGUGUUGCACGAUGUGGCAUUUUGUCAUAUUAGUUGCUGCUUUGCUAGUCUUCACCAACCACCAAGGUGGUUGUUGGUUGAAUGUGCCAUUCUCUGCAGUGCGUCACCUGAGGCAGCUGAAAGUGGCUGACAUUUCAUCUGAGGGCGCUCCGGAUAGAGUUACUAUUAGCACCAGGUCUUACAGGCCCCUGUUCAGUUGGGAUCUGCCUACGGCAGCACCUGUCAGGUCCACCACGUAUCAUAACCACCAGAGGGGCUCCGUGAAUGGUUUUGGUGUUUCAUACAAUGAAACUAAAAGGCAAGGAAGAAGAAAAUUAUGGAAAAAUAAGAAAGAUAACUUGAUUAGAGAAGAGGACCAAAGUGCUUCUUGGCAUUAUUCAGAUACAAACAAUUCAGCUACUGCUUUGUCAAUGUCAUUGACAGCAGAUCACAUCGGUGUGCCUGGCACGUGGUUGACAAGAGAAGAGAAACGAAAGCAUAGGAAGAAGAUGAAGAAUGAGAGAGAUAAGAUGCUUCGUGUUGGAUGGAAAGAGAAGGUGACAAAGAAGAAGAAAAAAUCAAAGAAAUUUAAAGAUGAAGUGAUUAAGAAAGAAAGGAAGAGGAAAAAGAAGAAACAGAGAGAGAAAAGUAUGAGCAAGAGACUGGAGAUGAAAAGGAAGAAAGAGCAUGGAUCAAAUAAUUUUCAUCCUGUUGCUUCAACCUCAGGCAUAACAUCAAAAAGUAGAUCCAUGAAUAGAUCAGAACAGAAUCUUCUUCCAGAAAUACCUUCAUCUAGUGAAAUCGCUAUUGACACAAUGUCAGGGAGGUACAAGAAAAGGGUUCAAGCGAAUGGGCUGGAAGUCAUAGAGAAUAAUGAUAAUAAUUUGGAGUCUGUGAAUAAUGAAAUUAAUGAAGCGGAAUUGUCUGCAAAAUUUCAUCCUAUAUUACACACUUCAGAAAAUACCAAAGAUCUGAAACCACACCUGGAAGGACCAAUGAAUAAUAAUAAAAUACCUUUACUUCAAAUCAAAGAAGAUACAACACUGAUAGAAUAUGAUAAAAUGCGUAAAUUUGGUAUUACAGGAAAGGAGAGUAAAAGCGAAAGAGAGAAAAUAUUACCUGAAGUGUCUUCAGUUUCAACCAACUUCAAACAUGAUGCUGAAGUGAGAGGAAAAAAUAAUGUAGACUCAAACUCUUAUGCAGUGUUUGAACUCGGUAACAGUUCAGAUAAAGGUGAUUUGUCAUGUAUCAGUGGCACGUUUCUACCAGCUCCAUAUGUGGCAAAUGCAGAAAUCAAGUAUGAACAGGGGAAGUACCUGGAAGCUGAAUAUGAGUGUCAGAAAAACUACAAGCUGGAGCCUGUAGCUGCUCCUCGACUGUUGUGCAUUGAACGCGAGUGGUUAGGGGAGCCACCACAAUGUGUGUCCAACAGUAAGAGCAAUGUCAGUGUACAGGCUAUUCAUCCUUACAGCUGCAGGUGUGACCAGUUGUGCACAGUAAUUGGGAAUCAGUCGGUUUGUUCCUGCUUCCGUGGCUUCAGACUGCAAGGCACCGUAUGUAAAGAUGUUGAUGAGUGCUCUUAUUCUAAUGGCGGCUGUGAAGUUUCUUGUCGUAACACACCUGGCUCAUAUCAAUGCACCUGCCACUCUGGCUUCAGACUGUCAGCGAAUGGCAAGACAUGUCUAGGUAAUGAUGAUUUUAAAUUUUAA